GCCUUCGGGAGAGGCGGGGCAACCAUCCUGUCAGCCCCUGGGGCGGUCCUGAGGGAAGUCGGAGAAGCCGCAGUUGAAGGCCUGGCCGAGGGCUCGGCUUCCCUGUUUGCACGGACACUGAGAAGAAUUUAAUGUCAUCCGCCGCUGAAUUUUUGAGGUGGUUUGCAGAAACUGGAAAGGAGAAAGCCUGGAAUUCGGGGGAAUCCCUUACCAGCUGGCUUUUCCCACUUUUUAAUUUUGUUCCCUUUAACCGUUCAACGAAGUUGAGAUAAAAGUUAUGUAAAUGUAGUUUACGUAACUAUUAUGUAAAUUGUAGUUUUCUAAAAUUUACUGAUUGUGCUUCGCCUUUUAAGUGUGGGGGUAAAAGGGUGCUGUAAUAAAUAAAUCAUGAAUUCCUAACUGGGCAGGUCAUGGUGGGAAUACAGUUUCUUUAGUAAAAGAUUUAUCUUUGCCUUAAGCAAGCCCAGUCCUUUGUUUCUGCGCAUCUAGGUUAACACACCUUUGAAAUACCCACUUUCACACCCCUUCUUAUAAAAGGUGACCACAGUCUAGGGAGCACUUAAUCUUAACUGCCCUGUAAUCUGAUCCUUGCCUUGCUUUCUUCUACUUUCAAGUAAUCUUCCUCAAGGGCCGUUUUAAAUUCCAAAUACGUAAACUUCGAAACUGUUAUUCUGGCCAGGACGUCUCUGGGCCACACAUUAAAUACAGAAACACUAACGAAAACUGAUGAGCAAAAAAAGAUCUUAAAAACCAUGAGUAGAGGAUCUGAAGUCCACAUUUUUUGGGGUGCUCCAAUUGGCCCGUUGAAAAUGACAGUAUCACAGGAACCAACUUCUUUAAUGUCCAGUGCUAAUCCCUGGGAAAAAAUUCAGCUUUUAUACAAUCAACGUUCGUUACAUGUGAAGGAUGAAAAAUGCAAGAAUGGAAAUCUUGAGGAUUAUCAAGUCCUAGGAAUUACUGGCCCUCCAGAUCUUUGUAAUGAACAUUUCUCAGCAAACUCUAUGAAUAGAUCUGUUCACGUGAAAGAUGACUUUAUAUAUUGUGUUUGUGAAACAGAGACUCUAAAAUUCCAGAAGAGUCAUUUCUUAUGGAUGAGUGAUAAAACUAACUCUGAUGUCCAACUAUGUGCUUGUAGAGGUAGAGUGCAGCAUUUAACUGAAGAAAAAAAGUAUCAAAAUCAAAAGCUUUUCAGUGAAAAUAAGAAAAUCACCGUUGAACAGCAUAAAGAUCAAUUAACUAUGAGUGCAAAUUGUAGUGCAACCACAUAUUUUACAAUAUGUGAUCAAAAUGUCCAAAAAAGUUUCUUUCAGUUAGACCAUAAGUGUGCAGCUAUAUUGGAUUUGGUCUGUAGUACCGAACAGAUUAACAUAGGGUCAGGAGCUAUUGACACAACAUGUAUACCAACAGAACAUCAAGAAAUACGAAAUGAAUGGCUGGAAAAGAAUUCCUCUAACACGGUAGAUAAGCCAAGGUCUGAAGGAGCAGUUAGGAAGGCCUCAGACCUGAAAGUAUCUACUGAUACUGAAUUUCUUAGUAUAAUGACCUCCAGCCAACUAGCUUUUUUAGCUCAAAGGAAGUAUAAGGAGGUUAAUUCUAUAAAUAAAGGGAUGUUAAACAUGGAGAUUGGAUCAGGAGCAAGUCUUGGGGAAAUAAAAAUAACCGAAGAUAAGUUGAUUCAGCCUGAUGAUGCUUUUGUAGAAAGAUAUGAAAGUAGACAAAACCAAGCAUAUUCCCUUAAAGUUUUUAGUCCUGUUUUUCCUGAAAGAAGGAGUAGUCACAUUCACAUAAACUCUGAUAAAGGCUUUGAAGGAAAUACGAGAUCUCAAGAACUUUUCAGUUUUGAAGAUAAACUGCCAUCAAAUGAGAUAUGUAUUGAGUCAUGUAGCUCAGGAAUACUGUGCUCCCAAAUAAAUGCUUUCCACAAAACUUCUGUUAAAAGAAAUUGGAUCUCUGAAGAUAAACUGGGCCAUCUGAAAGUCCUCCAAGCUUCUAAAAAAAUUAAAUUGGUUUCUAAUGCAGGAGAUCCUACUACAAGAUACCAGAGGAGUGUGUCUGAAUUUAAGGGUAUUAAAAAAACAUCAUUAAUAAAAAAUUGUAAUUCUAAAAGUCAGAAGUAUAAUUGUUUAGUCAUGGUAUUAUCUCCAUGUCAUGUGAAAGAAAUAAAUAUAAAAUCUGGAACAAAUUCUGGCUCUAAAGUGCCUUUAGCAACAAUUGUGAUAAUUGACCAAUCAGAAAUUAAAAAGAAAGUUUUUCUGUGGAGGACUGCAGCAUUUUGGGCACUUACAUUGUUUCUUGGAGAUAUAAUUUUACUUACAGAUGUUAUUGUUCAUGAAGGCCAUUGGAUUGGUGAGACAGUACUACAAUCAACAUUUACCAGUCAGUUAUUAAAUCUUGGGAGUUAUUCAUCUGUCCAGCCUGAAGAAUAUUCCAGUAUAGUCAGUGAUGUUGUACUUCAAGACUUACUGGCAUAUGUAUCUUCGAAACAUUCCUAUCUCAGAGAUCUUCCUCAGAGGCACCCUCAGAAAAUAAGCAGUAUAGAAUUUGUAGAAUUGGAGCAGCUUCAGCCUGAUGUGUUAGUCCAUGCAGUACUAAGAGUCGUUGAUAUCACUACACUGACAGAGGCAUUAUAUAGUUAUAGAGGAGAGAAGCAAAGGAAAGUUGUGUUAACGGUGGAACAGGCCAAAGGUCAACAUUAUGUGCUUGUAUUAUGGGGUCAUGGAGCAGCCUGGUAUCCCCAACUUCAAAGGAAGAAAGAUUAUAUUUGGGAAUUUAAAUAUCUUUUCGUUCAGCGCAAUUGCAUCCUAGAAAAUCUAGAAUUGCAUACAACACCUUGGUCAUCCUGUGAGUGCCUGUUUGAUGAUGAUAAAAGAGCAAUAACAUUUAAAGCAAAAUUUCAAAAAAGCAUGCCCUCUUUUGUGAAGAUAUCAGACUUAGCAACACACUUGGAGGAUAAAUGUUCAGGAGUGAUUCUAAUCAAAGCCGAGAUUUUAGAGCUAGUGUUUAAUAUUACAGCAGAUCAGAAAAUAGUUAUAAAUGCUCAUAGUUCUCUGAAGAGCAUUUUCUCUUCUCUUCCCAACAUUACGUAUACUGGUUGUGCAAAAUGUGGGUUGGAACUAGAAACGGAUGAGAACAAGAUCUACAAACAGUGUUUUAGCUGCUUGCCAUGUACUAUGAAGAAAAUAUACUACAGGCCAGCUUCAAUGACCAUAGUUGAUGGAAUCCACAAGGUUUGCAUCCAUGUGGGAUCAAAGCUAAUAGAGAAGAUUCUUCUAAACAUUUCUUCUGACCGGCUCAGCAGAGUUAUAGCUCCUUCCUCAGCGAUCACCUAUGGCAUGGUUGCAGCAGACUUGUUCCACUCCCUGCUGGCAGGUGGUGGUGCAUCUUGUGUAGUGAAGGUGCAGAGCCUCUUUGUGUUAGAUGAAAACAGCUACCCACUGCAACAAGAUUUCUCCCUACUGGAUUUUUUUCCUGAUGGUGUAAAGAUUGCAUCCUAUGCCCUUCCCUGCGACCAGAUGAAGAAACUACAAGAACUUUAAGGAAGACCACUGAAGUGAUUUGUUUUUUGAAAUGAAUGAGAGGGCUUUUGCCUGGGAUUUUUAAAUAUACAGGGGUGGGCAAAAGUAGGCCUACAGUUGUUCCUGUGCAAAGUAAUAAAAUGAUGUAUAAUAAUACAAGUAUAAACUGUUUCAUGUACUCACAGCUAUAAACCUACUUUUGCCCAUCCCUGUAUUUUAUAAAGCUAAAUAAAUAUAUUUUAUAAAGAGCUAAAUAUAUAAAUUAAAACUUCUAAGAAAAUAUUGUUAGAAUAUUUGUCUGUCUUUUCCUUUCUUGCUUCUAGGGCAGUGAUUUUCAACCUUUUUCAAUUAAUGGCACAUUAACUAAUUCCUAAAAUUCUGCAACACACCAAAAAAAUUCUAGUUUCCAUCUGACAAAUAGGCAUAAUUUUGAUUUAUUCACACCAGACAGCUAUUGUUGUGUUGGUUGUUGUCAAUUUUUUUUUUGUUUGACAAUCUAAGAGAAAAGAGAUCAGUACCCCCAACUAUAGUCAGGUAUUGCGUGUUUUAAAAAUUCUUGUGACACACCAGUUGAAAAUUGCUCUUUUAGAGAAAUGAUCUAGUAAUAAAGGCAAUACGUGCCCUAUGAAAUAAAGGUCCACUUUAUAUAGUUCUUGCUACGUUCCAGUCACUAUACUAAGUACUGGGGAUACAGAUGUAAACCAUUUCCCCAGGAAUUGCUUUUCUGCUCUACUCGCAAAUUCUGUUUUCCCUUAUUUUGAUUUUAAUAAACUAUCAACAUGAGGUGAUUUCCUUAAUUAUAACUAUACAUAAUAAUGGAUUAGCUCAUAUAAGCCCACGUUUAGACAAGUUCAAGAUAAGCAUGUGUUUUUAUAAAGAAGCGUUGAAAAUGAAGGAGACAAGGUUAUGUUUCAUUAUAUAAAUAAAGGGAGGAAGAGAGUCAUAUUAUCGGUUCACUUCUAGGAUUUGAGUGCCUUACUGAAUUUACUUACCAACAUUUAGCAAUUCGUUUUAUCAUUAUGAUUAUAGAAGCUCAUAUGAAAUGGUAAU